UAAUCCGAAAAAUAAAUGGCGUAUCAACAUUGUGAAAGUUAUUUUCUUUAUUUUGGAGAGAAUUACACCUGAGUUAUAAAUAAAUUUUAACGAAAUCGAGAAGAAUGCCUUGGAAUUUCGGAAAUUUGGGUGGCAUGCAAGAUUUCCUGAAGAAGAAAGCAUGUCGUUACCUUUUACAACAUUAUUUAGGCCAGUUUCUGAAGCAGAAACUGUCACUGGAUCAGUUGAGUUUAGAUUUGUAUAAUGGACAAGGGAAAAUCACGGACUUGAAUCUAGAUGUCCAGGCUAUAAAUGAAGAUUUGGGUAGCCUGGCAGUGCCGGUGGAGCUAGUGGAUGGGUUUGUUGAGUGUAUAGCAGUCUCUAUACCCUGGUCAUCACUUAUCAAUGACAACACCUGCCUUGAGGUCACCGGCCUGGAGCUGACCUUACAACCAAAACAGCGGGAAGAUAAUGGUAUGAUGGCAGGUGAUAUGUUAAGCAGCAUGCACUCAAGCAUGACAACGAGCCUCCAGCUGGCGCGGGAAUGUCUCGAGUCUGACUCGGGUACCUCCCAGCAGCCACAACAGCCAAUAGAAGGCGUACAGAAGUUUGCCCUUAUGAUUGACUCAGUAUUGUCUAAAAUUCGAGUGAAGUUACUAAAUACAGUGAUCCGACUAGAGCAUCAGCCAGGGGGCACUGUGCAGGGUACAGCACUGGAAAUUAGGAUUAAAAGAAUUGAGUAUUUUGAUGACAUGGCAACUACAAGUGAAGGCUCAUCUGUGGACAGUAACACGACACAUGAGCCUGCAGCCAUGGCCCUCAAGAAUCUACAUAUAGAGGGGAUACAGCUGUUUUAUGACGAGACUGGGGAGAGGAAAUCUCCUGCACGCUCUCCCACCAGCUCUGAUGGGUCACCUCCACAAAUGUUCCAGUCAGCCAUGACAAGUCUAGCCUCAGGCGCCAGUGUUUACAAGUCCACAAUCCAGUCACCAAACCAGUCUAACCUGCAUAAAAGCACCCAGUCUGGACUGGGCACCACUCCCCUGUCUGAGCCGGUACAUCUGGCCACUAUCACAGGCAGACAGGAGAUCAAAGUAAAGAUCAAACAGAGGGACAACAUAUCUGGCCCCAAGUUGGAGAUAAUGUGCCAGUUUGGAGGGAUCCAUGUGCUCGUGUGUCCCAGGCAGCUGCAUGGAAUCACACAGCUGCUCUCUGCUCUCAACACUUCAGAUAAUUCCACUGGAUUGAGGCAGGGGGCAUCGAGUCGACCCAUGGAUGUUGUGGACCAGGCGCGGGUAGAAAGGGAGCUCCAAUACCAGCUGCAGUCGGGCAGAGUGACCAGCAACAAUCUCGCCAGUCUACAGGAGUACUCCCUACAUGGUGAAGAUGAUGACCAGUUUCAGUCCAUGAUGGGGCGUUGUCAGGGGCCGGGUAGUGACAUGGACUCUUCCUUCACCAGCAACUACAGCACCAGCAGUGCCAGGACCACCAGCACUGCAUUCUCAGGGACAAGCCAACCAAAGUCUGGUGGAAAAAGUAGUAAAGAUGGGAUGGCAGGAGGGGCAAGAUAUCAUGAGGAUCCAAAUGCUGAUCUCAGCCACUACCAUGUGAGGGUGGGUUUCAUUUCCCUGACCCUUCUUCACACCACCCCGGGCCCGCCCACUGACCAACCUGCCCUCGAUGGAAUGAAGGAGGUCGCCACAACAUUCUUCCAGCGGGUUGCCGGGGUAACUGCAGCAGGCAUGUCUGAUCUGAAGGAGAUACGGGAACAAAUGACUGCUCUGCUGCACUUUGAUCAUCUCAGACUGCUGGGUCGCCCGUUAACUGUGGAGUGUACGCAGAAGUCUGCCCUUCGCCAGGUCAGCACGAGCGUGCAUGUGUCACUCGGAGUUGCUGAGGUCGUGGAGACCCUGUAUGGCCCGCGUGACCAGAAGCCUGCGCACCAACACAGUGAGAUCCUGGUGUUCAAGAGGGAUAGUGCGGAAGCAGGGAGGGGCGGCAUGUAUAGCAGCAUGCACAGCGGGGUGCCAUGUGUCAGCCUGAACAUUACCACUCACUCCAGUAACAAGAGGAACUCCCGUGUGGGUAGUCUACCACAGAUGGACGUACGCCUGGAGCUUGGAGAGUUGGAAAUGGAGUUAGAUGUUACCCUCGUGGACCGCAUACAUGGACUGCUGAACCCUGACACUGGCCCAACCCCCAGCCACAUGAAACCUGGCAUGUCAAUGUACCACACUGUUGGGCAACAGUUUUACAGUAUAAGUGAGACCCUGAAUGAAGGGACGUCAAGCACAGACCAGCAUGUCAUUGUGGAGGUUACCAGUCCAUGUGCGGCUGUUAACGUCAGGUUCCCGAUCCCUGACCUGCGCAAGGAGCCGCACGUGAACAAGUCCUGGUAUAAGCGCACGCUGCGAGAUGAUGUACUCACCCUUAAACUAAAGGAUGCCCUUGUACGGACCUCGUAUGUGACGUCACAGGAGCUUGAGGAGAUUCAUGUGUCCUGCGGGGAAGUAGAUGGUUAUUUGAAAUACCAGCCAAAUGAUGAAGGCAUCCAUUUUGCUCACGUGAUGGGGGAGGGGGAGGGGUUUAACAACCCUAUGGUGACGGUCCGCUUCUGUAACACCACGCAUUCCGUGCUGAACGAUGAAAACAUGUACCCAGAUGAUACAACACCUGCAGAUUCCCUGAACGGGGCGUGUGCAUUUGCCAAAGCUGAGCCGUCUGCUUUCUCGUCAAAACGUAACAUGCAUGAUACCACUCCGGGCACUGGGGCCACUUCUGAUCGUACUGAACAGAUGGUGUUACCAUCUGACCGUGAGGAAGUUCAGGAGUUCAUAGAACGGUCCGUGAAUAACACCCAGAUGGAGGUGAAAAUAAAUCUGCCCAAUGCCUGUCUUUUCAUACCAGACAAACACUUCUUCGAGGUCUUGUAUAACAGACUGAACAAUGACAUGUUGCUAUGGGAGCCCAGUGCACCUGCCCCCGUCAUGGUACCACAUGACACAUACUGUACCGCUGGCCGGCUAGACGUGUACAACCAGCUCCUCCAUGUAGAUCACUUUGAGAUGGCAAAGUCUGGCUUACAGAUGGACUCUGAUUCUGACAGCGACUCAGAGAGCAUUAACCACUACAGCAUCCAUGACAGAGGGUUGUCACGGAAACCCAAAUCCCCACGGCAACAACAAAGCAAACUGUGCAUAUCACUCAGCAUUAAGCACGGGCGCCUCACGGGAUACACAGGGUCACCAGGGUCAGACGGGAAGGCCAGAGAGGGGGUACAUGGGGAAGUGUUGGUGCAGUUGUCAGAUUUCCUGUUGUUCACGGUCUCAGCUCAUAAUGGGGAUCCAGGACUUACGUUUCUCAAUAUACUGGGUAACAGGGUCGACAUCUACCAUAAUGGUAGUGUCUCAGAGUCUGGCAGGGGCCCUGAUCCGCCUGUUGUUAACAUCAGUGAGCUAGGAAAACCUGUGCCCGAACAGCUUCAGGCAAACAAGGUGAUCUACCUGUCGGAGACCGGUGUGCUAGUGAAUACCCGGGAGCCUGUGGGGUCAGGUCAGGGGUCACUGGACAUGCUCAAUGUGGCUCUACGCAUUAAGCUGGAUACACACACUACAAAACAUGACCUCAUCUCUGAUGAGACGGUCAAGGAGUUCCAGGUGUCGGUGGGGUUGCGUGGGGCCACCAUGAGACACAAGAUGCUCCAGCCUUACCAGAGUAUCUUCACACAGUUGUUGCAGUUCCUUGACGUGAAGGAUUACCCAAUACUGGGAUAUGUGGAUCCCAAGGUGCUAACCGAGCUUCAUGUGCAUUUAUGGACCUGUGCAAUAGACUAUAGACCUGAAUAUUUACCACUGCGAUCUGUGAUACUGGCUGAAUCCUUCUCAAUAUCAAGCAACAUUGUGGCGGAAUCAGCCAUCUCUCUGCUGAGGUUUGUGCUGGAGGAAGGAUCAUUGUUUAUCGGGAGUCAUGUGCGGAAGUCUAAUGUAGAUCUUCGGCAUGAUUACGUCUGUGUGGCGGAUAUCAGUCGGCUGGAGAUUUUGCUGCGGUCCAACACAGGAAACAAUCCACAUUUCCCAAAGACUGAUCUCUCAGUGUCGUCUAACCUGGUGAACAUCCGUACGUGUGCGGAUUCCCUGACAGCCAUCAUCAACCUGCUGCAGUAUGUGGCUGGAGACGGCGACCUACAUCCACCACAGGGGGCAGAUUUGGGGACACCAGAUUCACAGCCAGACCCUCCAUCACUGAGUAAAGAGGAGUCAGACGUUGAAGAUAGCGAGCCAUUAACGAGUUCCAGUGUGGACCAUCUACACUGCCUGAUGUCGGAGGCCAUGGCUGAGUCGUCCGACAGUAACCAGUCUUCAGGACAUGUAUCCCCUGAAGUCUCCCAGAUUGCACGCAAGAAGACAGAGGUUUUCUUUGUCCACACAAAUGGUGCCGCUGAGUCUCCGGUAUCGCUCGAUCCUAUAGUGAUUACCCAGAACAUCGAUAGUGUCUCCAGCAGCACUAUGUCGGGCCACGUCAGCGAUGAUGAUGGCAGCGACGACUUCUGUAUGGUCGAGGAUGCUGCAUGGGGAAAAGCUACCAAUGACAGCGAGCCAUUGAUUCGUGUCCUCACAGAGGAGCCAAUAGAAAUUAAGGAUGAAUUCUUCAAGAGACCGGUGGGACGCACAGACUUUCUGAAGUCUCCUGAGACGUUUCCUCUACCGGAGAUUCGCUACACCAUCAAGGAAGUUACCCUGAUCUGGCAUAUCUAUGGGGGGUCAGAUCUUACCCAGACUGAUGGUUCAGAGGACCGUGUGUCUACAAGCAGGGAUAGUAUGACAGUGUCGUACCAGCGCGGGUCGCCGGUGGACCUGUGGUCGGGCCGGGCAGGAGGUCGGGAGGCCCCUCUCAUUCAACGGGAGACCCUGCACACUCGAGGAGGCCCCUCCAGGAAUACAGGCAUGUGUAUGGAGUUCCAGCUUACCAAGGUCCGUUUGCAACAUGAGGUGUACCCCACCCAUACAGAGGCGGCGUCAAGACAGGUGCUCCUGAUUAGCGACCUGGAGAUCAGGGACAAACUCUCCACGUCACGCAUGAACAAGUUUCUUUACCAGUAUUCCUCCAAUGACAUGCCAAAACAGACAUACGCUAAUAUGGUCCACAUACGAGCUAUACAUACGCGGCCAAACCCUCAACAGACAGAGGAGGAGUGUGCCCUGAAAGUUUCCCUACAGCCUCUCAGGCUUAAUAUUGACCAGGACACACUCUUCUUCCUGAAGAGGUUCUUCACAGAGUUAUCCGGUGGGGAUGCAGGAGUGACCUCCCCUGGCAGUGCCCCACCCCCUGACCAGGAGACGCCCCGCGCCCCUCCUCCUGUAAUCACAGUCAACAAACCUCUUCCUCCUGAGGCCAUCAAAGACCAGCAAGAUCUUCUAAUGCAAUUUGACGAAUUCACUCAAGAUCUUCAGGCAAGUUUACGAGGUAGCCUGUCGUCUAGUGGUCAGUCAGCCAUGAAGUCCAGUGUGUCCAGCUCAGAUACGAUCACUUCUGACACUGUCCACACUUCUCAGCCGGUGUUUUUUAAGUCUUUUGUGUUCUCCCCUGAUGUGCCUAUUAUGCUGGACUACCAGGGAAAAUUUGACAGUGAACAUGGUACCCUAGCUGGUCUAGGAGGGCUCGUAUCACUGAACAAAGCAGAGCUCAAGCUGAAACGCCUCUCAUAUAAACAAGGGUUGCUUGGGUCAGACCGGGUGCUGAUGUACUGUGGGAAUGAAUGGCUGACUGAUAUACGCCUCAACCAGCUACCCACAAUUCUCGGAGGGUUCGGACCUGUGCAUGCAUUUGUACAGCUUGCGUAUGGUGUGAAGGACCUAUUCUGGUUGCCGGUGGAGCAAUACCGGAGGGAUGGGCGGAUUAUGCGGGGGAUCCAACGUGGGGCGUCAUCUUUCUCCAUGUCUACAGCGAUGUCUGUGCUGGAACUCACUAACCGACUUGUGCAGGGCAUACAGUGGUGUGCUGAGCUGACGUUUGACAUGGUGUCCCCCGGCCCCCGACGACGUGGCUAUUACCCCCGCCAACCAGCUGAUCUGAGGGAGGGGGUCUCAAAUGCUUACAUCGUUCUCAGAGAGGGUUUCUCGGAAUCAGCUAGUAACAUGGCCAGUGCAGCACAGCAGGAUGAGUCACGAGGGGUUAUGCGGACAGUUGGGCACGUGCUCCGGCAGAUUCCACCAACCAUGGUACAGCCUCUCAUCACCGUUCCGGAGGCUGCGUCAAACGUGAUUGCCGGACUCAAAAGCCAGCUGAAACCGGAUGCCAGGAAGGAAGACGAGGAUAAAUGGAAGGAGGAGAUCAUAGAUUGAUCCAUAAUUACAGACGUUGUUGUGAUAGCAUUAUUACCAUCAUUCGUAGGGUUUAAGCUUAAGAGUUAUGGAAGGGUUCUGCACCCUGCCCUUUUUUGGAAGCACCCUUCUGCCCUGAUUUCAGCAUGGGCACCCUUCUGCCCUGAUUUCAGCAUGGGCACCUUUCAGCCUUCAAAAAAUUAAAUGCUUAAGGGAGUCAAAUAUUUUUUUUUGUAUUGAUACAAACGUGUACUUUGACUUAAAAUACAUACAAACUUUACUGAUUUGACCGUUGAAACCUAAUACUAUUUUAGCUUAUCAUAAUUCCUGUACUUCUGUUUUUUUGAAGUGCAAUCAAAUGAGUCCUUCUCUCCCUUAGUACCCUGUUCAUUUUCUGCAGCACUUUGCUAGUUUUAAAACCUGGCUUAAACACUAAUACUUGUGAUACUGUAGGUGCAAACUUAUAUUAGUGUUGUGUUUUACUAACUAAGACUUACAUAACUACAGUCAGACAGAACUUUUGUUGCCAUUUCCAGUCUUUUGUCCUCAGAAAAUCACUACAGAUUUCUCAAACCAGUGCUAAUUAGUUGUCAUAGAGAUGGUAAUAUAUAAAAGUCUUUAUUAGCAAUUACACUUCAUUCAAGUGACAACAUACUUGGUAAGCCUUUAUAAACUAAACAUUAAUUCCCUACAUAUUUCGAUUUUUCCCAAGCAUCGGGUAUCAUUUUAUAUCGGGAGUUGUAGCUGUUGAUAACGGGUGAGGGACUACUUUCACUUCAUAUUUCAUUUGUAUUUGUUAUUCAUGCAUCACCUGCCCAGUGGGCAUAUUUGGCUGACAAUUGCCGCAAUUUUGCCAUUUGAUCCCGGUGUGAUUUCUUCUAAAACUUAUAAUGGACUGCUGAAAAAAUGAGCAAAUGACCAUCAAAUUGUCCUGUUUUUUUCUGUAACUCCAUAUCACUAAGCAUGACCUUUAGAUUAUUAAUUUCAUUAUUGCAAUCUGUUUAUGAAAGCCAUAAUCAUAACCAUGAGGGAGAAUAAUUCAGUUUAGGAUCUUUAUAUAAAGCCAAGAGUACUUAAAGGGGCUGUACUCCGUAUGAUGAAAUAGCGAAAAAAAGAAGAAGAAAUUGUCGAAAACUGACAUAAACUUGGUAUCAAUGUGUACAAUGCAUUGAAACUUACUGACUGAAGUACCACAUAGUUUACAAUUGAUUUAUUUUUUCGCAGUUUUUUUGUAUUUUCCCAUUAAAAAAGAUUACUAGGUAUGUCUACCUAGUAGAAUUCAUUCCGUAUGCAUGAUUGGCUAGUCGAUGUUAUCGCAUGAUAUUACCAAGUAAGGUAUAUAGCUGAAAUAUUCCAAUCAUUAAGAGUAAGCCUUCGUACCAUAGUGGAUACAUCACUGGACUGCAAUUUUGGCGACCCCAGUUUGACCCCGGAACCAUUUUUUUUUUCACAAUUAUGAUAUCAAAGAGUAAACCAUUUUAUUAAAUAAAUGUCCUGAGAUUUGUUACAGAAUUAUUUUUUUUUUGUGCCAAUCUGGUGUACAGUCCCUUUAAUUGGUUGCUAAAAUGUUCAUCAUUUCUUCAUCUAGAAAAAAAAUGCGGCACAAAUAUUUAAGACAAUUAAUAAGUGAGUGAACUUUUGCUAAUGUGCAUGUAUAAAUUACAGGUCUACUUUCACAGUAUAUUUCAUUUGUGUGUGUCACUCAUUUGUAACCAACACAGUGCUCAUUAACUGGAUGAUAACCACCACCAUUUUGUCAUCUGGGCUGUCAGAGAGCCCUGUGCGAUUUCUUCUAUACCUUAAAAUGGACUGCUGGAAAAAGACCAAUUGGAUCAUCAAAAUGUCAUGUUUGUUUUUUCUACUCAAAAACCAAAAAGCAUGACCUUUAAUUGUUAAUUUCAUUGCUGCAAUCUGUGCUUGAAAGCCAUUAUCAUGAGGGACAAUAAUUCAUGUUAGGGUUUUUAUAUUAGCCAGGAGUAUGGAAAGGGAUUUUUAUCAGUUGCUAUACAGCUUGUUCCCAGAUCCAUAGCAUUAUAAAUGCUGAUUUUUUUUUUCAUGCAUUGUAAAUACGGUACCAUGAUAUUUUUUUAUGAUAUUGAUUAAAUACUGUUAAGUAAUUCCUUGGUUGCUAGGAUGGUAAUCAGUUUUCAAACCAGAAAAAAGUUGCACAAACAUUUAAUAAGAUACAUGUAUGAAAUGUAUACAAACAUGUUCAGUCUGUAGUCUGGUUGUUUUACAGGUUGCUUAGACUAUAUAGAAUUUACUUUAAUUGUAAAAAGAUUCUUGCAUAAAAAGAAAUACGAGCAAGGUCCUUAAAUGUCAGAUUAUCUUUUGUGACUAUCUAUCUGUGACCAGUUCAUAUUUUCAUCAAUUUGUGUUGCACAUUUUUCAAUCAUAACUUUUUUUUUUAAGCUGUGUGUGUCUUGUAUUUAAGCAGAUAUUUUCUGUUUUUCUUUUUUAAAUAGUGUUAAUGUUGUUGUUGUUUUGUUUUUAGGUUGUUAGAUGGGUGAUGCCCAUAAUAUACAUGUAAGAGGCAUUUGAGGCAAAAAUACAUUAUAUAUACAUUAUAUGUAAAUACACCCAGGUAUAUAACAAUUUAUGUUUUUAAAAUAGCAAAUUAUUUUGGACUUAAUCUGUCAUUAUAUGUGGAUUGUCUGAUUUUGUAGAAAAAAAGUUUGGAUAUUGUUAUUGACUUGGUGUCACCUGUGGCAUUUUGUCGUGCAAAAUUUUAACCUUGGCCAUAACUAUUAAAAAGUUGAAGAUAUUCAUAUGAAACUUGGUACACAUGUAUAUCAAGGCAGGUAACUCUGACUUUAAUAACUGUUGAGUUGUGCACCUUUAUUGUGUGAAAAACAACAGACGAACAUUACUGUUCACUCUGCGAUGCUCUUGUUAGAAUAAUGCUGCAAGUAUCCUGAAAAAGAGGUAAAGUAUUGUAGAAUCUUUAAAAUUGGGAGAGUUUAAUUUCACAAUAUUUUACAAUUUUUCAUGAAUUGAUUAUGAAUCGAUCAUGUAAAAAAUUUAAAACCUAGUCAAGUAUUAAUUUGAAAAUGUCUUUAAAUGAUUAAAUAAUGAUGUCUCAAAUAUUAAAACCCUGCAAAAGUAGUCAAAUGAAAAAUAUCUUGAAAUUCCUGGUAUGCACCCCACUAAAUUUAAUCUAUCUGCAAUUAUUGAAUUACUCAUUUGCAUUGUUUUCAUGUGGAGUAAUGUUAACUGAAUGAUGCUUAAAGGCGCACAAUAUAGGCUGAUGCAAAAAUAUAUAUUUUUUUAAAUUUUAAUUCAUUAUCAUGUUUAACUUGUUUGACUUGAAUGAUCAAAACAAAAAAGUGUAGGAUUUUGGUACAGGUGGAAGAAACAUAUGACAUAUUUUGGCGCUUUUUAACUGGGAAAUUUGUGGCAACGACUAGCUAUUGAUAAAACAAAGCAACAUUUAUAAAGGCUUAUAUUGUUUUUAAAGUGACACUCUUAUUCAAAAUCAAUACAUACAUCUGUUUAAUAAUCAUAAAUUUUGAGUGAUCAACCUUUAACUUCUUACAAAAUAAUGCAUUUAUGGAAAAUAAUAACUGAUAACAAGAUUGUAACGGUUUAUUAAAUAGGUGAAAGCGCAAAAAUAUUAAAUGAUUGGUGAAUGCUUAAAGAUUUACUGUGAUUUACUAUCGUCUUAUAAGGUAGAACUAUCGUGCAAAUUUCUUUAAAUUUAAACUCAUUAUCCUUCAUAAAAACCAUUGUUUUCGAAAUAUUUUCAUCCUUUUUGGUAUAUUAAAACAAUUGUAUCAAUUGUGGUUAAUCUUAUUUGGGAGUAAGAGUGCAUCUUUAACUGUACACAAAUCAUGUGUUUUUUGUUUUGAUCAUGAAAGUUAAAUGAGUGAUAAUGCAUUCAAUAAAAAAAGAGUUUUUGCAUCAACUUAUAUUCCCCCUUUAUUUUAAUAUAUGUAAUAGAUACCGUAGAUGACAUGAAGUAACAUUUUAAUGGUUAAGAAUGGGUGGAGUGAGUGUUACUUGAUUUUCAUCCCCCUCCGGGAGACCGGGGGAUGGGUCGAAAUUCCGGGGGAUUUUUUCUCCCUCCGGGGGAUAUGGCAUGUAUGGCUACUUCAGGUGGUCUAACUGUCUUAGAAUACAACCUUAUUGGAUGAAACAGUGUCGACGCAAAAUCUGACUCCGGGAGUGUGUAUUUGAUGAGUGGCAGUUGGCGGACUUUUACACACUCGUGAAAGUUGAAACUCUUAAUGAUUAAGCCUAGUACUUAAUGAUUGCCUAUCUGCAAUUUGAUUGGCUGAAAAUGUAGGUUGUAUUCUAACUACAAGUACACAACUCCUAUGGAUUGCUUCCAUGUGAGGAUCAUAAUUAAUGUUAACCAAGAGCUGCUUGAUGUGAUAAUUACAUGUAUUUAGUGGUUGACAUUUAUGUUUAGUGAAAUUCCUAAGCCAUUACUUUGGCUUUAUAUGUACAUAAUUUGCAAGUCUUUCAAACUGUUAAUGUUCUUUCUCAUCAAUAUGAGAUAUUUGUGAGAUAUUUGUGAGAUAUUUGUGAUCUAUAUUGUAUGAUUUCAUUAUAUAUUGCCUUUCUUUGAGCCCAUGUUUUGUAUACUGUAUAACAUUAAAAAUGAUUGAAGUAAAUAUUACUUUAAACAGCUUUUAUUUUAUUGUUGGAUUAGUUGAUAUAAUUAUGUUCAUGUACUAUUUGUGUUCGCUUGAUUGCGACAACAGCUAUAAACUAGUACAAAUGA